AUGGACGUCGACGAGUUCCGGAUCCGCGGGAAGGAGAUGGUCGAUUACAUCUGCACGUACAUGAACACACUCCACACGCGACGCGUCACCCCCAGCGUGGAGCCUGGCUACCUACGCUCCGCGCUGCCAGCCGAGGCUCCCUUCCAUCCGGAGCCAUGGGACGACGUCAUGAAGGAUGUGGAGAAGAAGAUCAUGCCAGGUGUGACGCACUGGCAGCACCCUCGGUUCCACGCCUACUUCCCUUCGGGCAACGGGUACCCUUCAAUUCUUGGAGACAUGCUCUCCGAUGGCAUUGGGUGCAUCGGCUUCUCAUGGGCAGCAAGCCCUGCGUGCACCGAGCUAGAAAUUAUCAUGUUGGACUGGAUGGGUAAAGCAAUUGGUCUACCUCCUAGCUUCUUAGCACUCGAAGAGGGCAGCAAAGGCGGCGGGGUCAUCGAGGGGUCGGCGAGCGAGUGUGUCCUGGUAUCUAUGCUGGCGGCUCGGGCCAAUGGAAUCAAGAGGCUGAAGCAACUGUUUCCCACCGAGGACGAGGGGAACCUCCUCUCCAAACUCAUCGCCUACUGCUCCAAAGACGCGCACUCCUGCGUCGAAAAAGCUGCCAUGAUCUGCUUUGUCAAACUCCGCAUCUUACAAACCGACGAAAAUGGCUCAUUGAGGGGUGAUACACUUAGUGAGGCCAUGGAAGAAGACGAGAAAGAAGGCCGCGUGCCUUUCUUCGUGUCGACGACCCUGGGCACCACGUCGUCGUGUUCGUUUGACAACCUGCCCGAGAUCGGGCCCGUGGUGCGCAAGUACCCCGGUGUAUGGCUGCACGUCGACGCAGCCUACGCCGGCUGCGCCUUCAUCUGCCCCGAGCACAAGUAUCACCUCGCCGGCGUUGAGUACGCUGACUCCUUCAACACCAACGCCAAUAAGUUCAUGCUCACGAGCUUCGACUGCUCCUUGCUGUGGGUCACUAACAGAUACCUCCUUACAAGCGCGUUGGUCGUCGACCCCCUCUACCUCCAGCACUGUUACGACCAUACGGCCAUCGACUACCGGCACUGGGGCGUGCCCCUGAGCCGUCGGUUCAGGUCGCUUAAGCUCUGGUUCAUGCUGAGGAGUUACGGCAUCUCUGGGCUACAGAAAUAUGUGAGGCGACACUGCGAACUCGCCAAGUUCUUUGCUGAUCUUGUCAAAAAAGAUGACCGAUUCGAAGUUUGCAAUGAUGUCAAGUUGGGCCUAGUCUGCUUCCGGCUGGUGGGCUCUCCCGAGGACACGGGCGAACAAGUGGACGAGUUGAACAAGAAGCUGUUGACGACCAUCAACGCAUCGGGCAAGCUACACAUGGUGCCGGCGAUGGUGCGCGAGCGCUUCGUCAUCCGAUUCUGCGUGGUGCAGCAAUACGCCACCAGAGACGACAUUUUAAUAGCGUGGGAAAUUAUAUCGGACUUCGCUUCGGAACUUUUGGAAGGACCGGACAAGGAAAGGGAUUUGAACGUGGAGCACGAUCGCAAGACUCGUGUGGCUCUCGCGCACAAGCGGUCGUUCUUCGUGCGGAUGGUUAGCGACCCGAAAAUUUACAACCCGGGCAUCAACAAGACCCCUCCCCCCGCGCCCAUGUCUCCGAUGUCUCCCCCUCCCGCGAUGCACCCGCGCUCCCCGGACACUCCCUCCGAUACGGACUCCGUGCAGUUGCAGCCGUCGACGCCGAAACAAUCGUCUUGGAUCAGCUGGCCUCUCGCUUUCUUCUUCCAAAGCGUCGACCACGACGCUAACGAUUUGCCACUGAGGUUCCGUCACUUGGACACGAUGGUGCGGCUCAAGAGCCCCGGCAGCGCGGGCCGCCGCGGGUCAUCCCCGUGCGCGUCCCCGGAGCGCCGCGCGCCUUCGCCCUCGCAGUGACCGCCCAGCCACUAACUCCUCAUAACGAUACUCUCCAGCAUGUAGUCACGACAUUUAUUUUUAAAUUGUGAUUAAUUCGAGUCCAAAUAUAAAAGGUGUUUUACUUACAAGUUCAUAACAUAAACAUAACCAGCCUAUACACGUCCCACUGCCGGGCACAGGCCUCCCCUCAAUCAACCGGAGGGGGUAUGGAGCAUACUCCACCACAAGUUUAUAUUACAAGUUUAUAUUUAACAUAAAAUUAUAUGGGGUUUCACUAUGUUUAAUCAACUGAUUUUAUUAAUAAAAGUUUAUAUUUUGCAUAUAAUAAUCGUAUGAGUUACAAU